AUGGUGAAGAACGAUCAUAGACAGCUGACCUCAGAAUUCAUCGCUUAUAGGCUUUCUAAUUCCAUCAAGUCACUUCCAAUAAUGCCCAUUAAGUCGGUCAUGGAGCUUGUCUACACUCUCUUCCAUUACCGGGUGAAGUAUGGGAAGGCAUGGAAGGCGAAGCAAGCCGCAUUCAAGAUGUUGUAUGGUGACUGGGAGCAAGCCUACAACCGUCUCCCAAGGUUGUUGGGUGCUAUGGCGCAUACAAACCCGGGCAUGGUUCAUGUGGUUGAGCAUUUUGGCCAACAAACAAGGACUUACAAAGGUGCAACCGUGCGGAUUUUUGGCCGUGCUUUCUGGGCUUUUGAACAGUGCAUAUAG